AGUGGGUUGUCUCGUGAAGCGUGCAAAAAAGAGAAAAAAAAAAUUAUAUCUGUUCUUGUAACCCCCCAGCGUCGGCGUCUCUUCCCUCUCUUCUCUCAGCCGACGACUAGCCACACCUAGCGCCGCCGAAAUUAAGCGCCUCGGCCGCCGUGGUCCUCCGCCCGCCAGCCCAGCCGUUGACGAGCAGCUCGCGUCCACCAAUCUCCGCCACCGGCAGCGUCGGAUCUCUCUCCCUGCACCCAGACGGCUAUCUCCGCCGCCGCAGUCUCUCUCUCCCCUUCGGAUCCGUCGUCAUGCAAGCUUUUUCACCGCCGUGGGUAGGGUUUUCCGUCAAGUCUCGCCGGAAUCUUGGAUUUUAGGGUUGAAUUCGAAGUUCGGAGGGUGUCGAGUUUCUGUUCAGCGGGUUCGGAUCAGUUUUGUUAAGAGUUUGUAGGCUUGUUGUGCCAGGUUUGGGAGCUCAAUAUCACUGCCAUCCAUUAUGAAUUACCUGCUUGGAGCUUUUAAGCCAUCUUGCAACGUAUCAAUUGCAUUUUCGGAUGGAAAAACACGCAAGCAGGUUCCACUAAAGAAGGAAAAUGGUCAGACAGUUUUGGUUCCCCUCUUCCAAAGUCAAGAGAAUAUUACUGGGAAGAUAACUAUAGAUCCUCUACAAGGAAAGAAAGUUGAUCACAAUGGUGUUAAAAUUGAGCUUCUUGGUCAAAUCGAGAUGUAUUUUGAUAGAGGCAACUUUUAUGACUUUACUUCUCUUGUUCGUGAAUUGGAUGUUCCGGGAGAAAUAUAUGAAAGGAAAACAUACCCAUUCGAAUUUUCUACGGUUGAAAUGCCUUAUGAGACAUAUAAUGGGGUGAAUGUGAGGCUGAGGUAUGUUCUGAAAGUUACCAUCAGUCGUGGUUACGCUGGUAGCAUAGUGGAAUAUCAAGACUUUGUGGUUCGCAACUAUUCUCCACUUCCAUCAAUUAAUAACGGUAUCAAGAUGGAAGUUGGAAUUGAAGAUUGCCUGCACAUCGAGUUUGAGUAUAACAAAAGCAAGUACCAUCUGAAAGAUGUUAUCAUUGGCAAGAUUUAUUUCCUGCUGGUGAGAAUUAAGAUAAAGAAUAUGGAUCUGGAGAUCAGGCGUCGAGAGUCAACUGGAUCUGGAGCUAACACUCAUGUCGAGACAGAGACAUUAGCUAAGUACGAGCUGAUGGAUGGAGCUCCAGUAAGAGGUGAAUCUAUUCCAGUCAGACUGUUUCUUAGCCCUUACGAGCUGACGCCUACGCAUCGUAACAUCAACAAUAAAUUCAGUGUGAAGUACUAUUUAAAUCUUGUUCUUGUUGAUGAAGAAGACAGACGCUAUUUCAAGCAGCAGGAGAUCACUAUAUAUAGGCUUCAAGAGACAACCUGAUUAUUCAUCUCCAAAUUCUGUCAGAUAAAAGUCAGUUUUGAAAAGUUGAUCAACUACUUGGAGUGCUCUGUAAAGCUUUUUAUUUUGGAAAAUAUCUAUUUCUUGUCGAAGCAAAAUGUUUGACUGGUCGCUUAGGCAUGGGAUCUUGGUGAGAUCGUUUCUUUUGGUUGCUGGUAAGUCUAAUGUGUUGAUUGUAUUAUGAACAUGGUUAGCAAAUUGUUGCACAUUUCAUCACGAGCAACGAGAUCUGAUUUUCGGUGUGGUUAAUUGUAGAUUAUAUUUACGUAUUAUGAUAUAAAUCUUUUCUUCCAAUUCC